CCGGCGUGCUAGCUCGAGUUCGACUGAACUUUAGACAAUAACACUAAAAUAUUUUAUAUACCGUUCCAACAAUUUUUACCACAGACAACCUGCUUUUCGCGUCCACAAACAAUGUCUAAAGACAGCAAACCAGGCGAUGGAGACUCUAGCGGCGAUGAACAGGACGAGACGAGCACUCCGGAAUAUUACUACAAUAAAAGUAAAAUUCCGACUUACAAAGUCAUACUUCUGGGAGAAGCUGGCUCGGGGAAAACCAGCCUGUUUUGGAGGUAUAAAUACGGCUCGUUCAAUAAGGGCACUACGCUGCAAGGCACGGAUAGAUUUAAGAAAGAAUUUGUCAGCGAUAAUGGAGAGAAAAUGCAAGUAUGUUUUGAUUUCUAUGUUUGUCAGUUUGUGUUUGUAAUAUUUGAGUAAGUAUAUAGGUGUAAAAGUAUAGCAAUAUAGCAUUACAUCUAAUUGUAGAAUUUGCUAAUGAUUUGUUUUUGUGUUGAUAUCACAUUAUCGGUGUGAAUAACCAACAGAUUAGCAUUUAGCUCGCUAAAUUGCUAUUUAAUAGUUCAUUUCAAGACUCCAAAAGCAAAUCCGAAACCAAAUCGUAGCGAUGUUUAAUUUGUCUUAAUUCUUAACUUGAUUUUAAAAUGUGAAGAAAAUUAAUGUCGGACAAUGAGAACUAAGGUUUAUACAGUUCCAAACAAUUGCAGCCAUUUAUGGUUAAUAACAUCCGUUUUCCCAUUCUUCGUGGAAAAUGUAGCUAUUACAAGUACGUCAGUUUCUAUGAAUUUGAGAAGUUCGAUCAUUUUUUCAGCAUUGAGAUUUGAGAAAUAAACUGACCAUUUCAACAGUGGAAAGUGGUUUACACUAUCAAAGUUUCUGUGAUCACAGUAGGAAUUUUGCAUAGGUAAAUUCUAAGGUUUGACAGAUUUGUAAGAAACGCGGUAUGUGUCAUAUAUGGCAUGUUCCGCUUGGCCGGUGUUUUCAUUGUGAUGCAACACGAAUCGAAAGCGUUUCAAGUGCCCACGCUGUUUCUGCUAUUACUUAUAGCUCUUCUACUAAUCAGUAUUUGCAUGUUCGUCCUAUCAUUUUUGCCCAGUUUUAACAAUACAACUUUGAGAAAUUUGCAUAUAAUGACAAUGUUAUCACUGGCUCAUUUGAAAAAACGCUGUAUAAGGUGGGCUAUACACUUGUGGGAGGAGGAGGGGGGUCAUUUUUGGGCUUAUGAAAAAACUAGUUCCACAACAUGAGCGGCCGUGUUGUAUCGGAACUGUCGGAUAUACAAACUUGAGCCGAAAACGACAGUUUGUAUAUCCGAUACAAUAUGGAGGAAUGUUGUAAGUGGCUUGUGAAACGUCUUGUUGAGAACAUUCGUAUUCUAAAAUAAAUGAAUGAUAUAUUUGGUGUGAAAAUUGAACUUAAAGUUUAUGUAAAUCAGUAUAUGAUUUCUGUAUCAGAUAAACAAACUCCUUUACGCUCAUGAUUUCGUUUGUGUUUUCGUCACUGGAAUUGACCAUUUGCGUAAUAGACUAAAUUUUGAACUAAACAAGUCUAGACAAAAAUUUCAUCACAGCUUGAAGGAGCAUCACAAAAUUAGUAAUAUUCCAAAGUUUCGUUGCAAAAUGUUGUAAAAUGUGGAAAAUAUAGCCUUGCGAAAUUUGCAAUUUUCAGUCAUUUUAGAUUACAAAUGGGAAAUUGACAGCCCCAAACCCUUCGAGGCUGUCAAUUUCCGGUUUGUAAUCUAAAAUGACUGAAAAUUGCAAAUUUCGCAAGGCUAUAUUUUCCGCAUUUUACAACAUUUUGUAACGAAACUUUGGAAUAUUACUAAUUUUGUGAUGCUCUUUCAAGCUGUGAUGAAAUUUUUGUUGAGAUCAAAAUUUAGUCUAUUACGCAAAUGGUCAAUUGGUGAUUCUAGAUAUAGACUAAAUUUUGAUCAAGGCAAGAAGAACGAAAUCCAACGCCACAGCUAGAAAGAGCAUCUUAGAAUGAGUAAAACUGCAAUGAUUGGUUGCUAAAUGUUGUAAAAUGAAGAAAAUAUAGCCUUGUGAAGUUCGCAAAUUUUGUAUAUAUUUGCAUCACGCGCGGUAAAAAUAACCACUUUCGGCUCAAAAGUCAAAAAUGGUUAUUUUUCCCGCGCGUGAUGCAAAUAUAUACAAAAUUUGCGAACUUCACAGCGCUAUAUUUUCCUCAUUUUACAACAAUUCUCAACCAAACUUUGCAAUUUUACUCAUUUUAAGAUGCUGCUUCCAGCUAUGGUAAUGGAUUUCGUUCUUCUCGUCUCUUGCUGGAAUCAUUCAUUAUUAAAGAGUUUCACAACUUGUUUCGUAGAUGAUACUAUGGGACACGGCAGGUAUGGAGAGAAUGGGAUCCCUAACUUUCCAUUAUUACCACGGAGCACACGCGGUGAUACUAGUAUUCGCUUUAAACGACUCUACAACCUUUGACUCUCUUACAACGUGGAACGACGACGCCUCGCGCUAUUCGUCGCCAGAAGUGAAACGCUUCCUAGUCGCAACAAAAUCUGAUGUUGAAAAGGACCAAGUGGACGUCCCUAAGGAGAAAAUAAACUCGUUUUGUAGAAAUAAAAAUAUUUCUGAAAUUUAUUACACUUCGGCAAAAACGGGCGACGGGAUUGAUGAAAUGUUUCAAAGUGUCAUGAAAUCUCUGUCGGGUUCUCUUGACAAACAAUCGCAAGAUGACGUAUGGGCGCUCGCUUUUCCAGCCAAAACGAAAAAGAAGAAAAGUUGCUCUUGUUAAUUGUAACAAUUCGGAUCGGAGCUUAGUUGUAUCAUAUUGUUUUCACCGAUUUAAUAUAUUUAAAUCAACUAAUAUAUUUUGGGAAGAAAAAUUGGAUAUUUAUUUAAGUUUAAAACCUUAACAUUACUAGGUCCCUGAAAGGAUAAUGUUUCAUCUUAUUGGCCGUCUGGAUCGUCGGCUGUUCUUCUUUCCAUCCUCAAGAGAAGGAUACAGUCGCCCCCCGCGCGUGCUCACAGAAACGAUACCCCAAUCUGAGAAUACCCAAAUUACAGUUUUGUCGGAAAUCCUACAGGCUUACUCUACCACAUGCAGAAAAAGUGAAUUUUCGCCACUGUAAAGGUCUACUUAUAUCUACAGGAGUUACCUUCCGUUAACCUAAAUAGUGACGAAAUUAUUUUCACAAAGAACGCAGUGUCACUGAAUUUGAACUAUAGUUAUUUGAUGUAAAUAAAAGCAGUCUGAGAAUAACUUCCAUGUCGUUUGUGUAGCAACGUUUUAUAAUACAGACUUUUGCUAGAGGUAUCUUUCAAAGCACAUCUCUUGUCCCUAUGGUUACGAUGACAUACAGCCACUCCAAUACCUUGAAAAAGAUGGCAAAUCGUAUUAAUUUAUUAUUUAAGAAGAGAAUCAUUUGUAUGUUAUGUAACACGCGCUAAAAACUCAUGAAUAUAAUAUAUAUACUCUUCCACUGGUUAUAUGACUAUAUUCGAAUUUU